CGCAGCCCGGCCCCGCGGGGAGGCGGCGCUGGCUGCGGGCGGAAAUAUUCAACAUUAAGCAACAUGUCUUCCACCAAACCUCCAAAUGAAAAUGAAACACCCAAAGAGAGAAAACCAGGACUGAGGAGUGUUCAGACAACUAUGCUUUUCCGAGCUGUGAACCCAGAGCUUUUCAUUAAGCCUAACAAACCUGUGAUGGCAUUUGGACUGGUAGCAAUUAGCCUCUGUGUGGCCUACCUUGGUUAUUUGCAUGCAACAGCGGAGAAUAAAAAGGACCUCUACGAAGCAAUCGACAGUGAGGGGUCCAGAUACAUGAGGAGGAAAACUUCCAAGUGGGAUUGAGAAUACCCAACAAGGGCUCCCAGGGAACUGAGAGACCUCUUUGUCGACCCUCUUCCAACCAAGGUGGCUUCUGUCAGGCCAGAGAAGGAACAUGCAGGAACUCCUGCUUUACCAUUCUGGGAGUUGCUUUGGGUUUUAUCAAAAGAUUUUGGUACUGAAGAUAAAAAAGGUAACUGGCUGCCUUGAGGGACAGCAGUUGCACCAUGGGAUUUCUCUGUAUCUCCCUCUAAGUCCUUCACUUUGAAUCUGUGAGUUUACUCCUGUUCUUGUUUUAUAGUUAACUGUAUCUUAAAUUCAGCAGGGCUUUGGUUAAACUGUCUCCUUCCUGAGAAGGGAAG